AUGGCGCGAGGAAGAAUUAACACUCAAAGCCAGACCACUCAAGGGACCACUUCUGAGGAUUCGAAUCCUUUCUCUAUUCUCGAACCUAAUUUCAGAUCUUAUAAUGAUCCUAAUCGUGAUCCAUAUUAUUUGUCCAACAGUGAUCAUCCUAGUUCCAAUCUUGUUCCUAAAAUUCUUACUGGAAGUGAUAAUUAUCACUCAUGGAAGCGUAUGAUGACAGUUGCUCUGCUUGCGAGGAACAAGAUGCAAUUCGUCAAUAGAAAGCUUAGUCAACCUGAUGAAGAUGAUGAAGAUUACAAUGCCUGGAAUCGAUGCAACAACCUUGAUGAUCUUCAAGAAAGGUUCAAACAAAGAAAUGCUCCAAGGAUUUUUCAAGCUAAAAGAUUGAUGCAGUUACUGAAUCAGGGUGCUAUGGAUGUUACAACCUAUUUCACUCGAAGAAAGGCCCUAUGGGACUUAAUUCAAGAGGAAGAUAAGGUUCUUGAGUUUUUGAUAGGAUUGAAUGAAUCUUAUAGCAAUGUAAGAUCUCAGAUCCUGAUGCAAGAACCACUUCCUAUGAUCAGCAGAACUUAUGCUUCAGAUAUACAAGAAGAAAGACAAAGAGAGAUUUGUUCUACUAACUCUAAAACCAUCAAAAAUACUAAUACUCCUACUGCUGGAACUUCUAAUGAUCAGUUUGUUGGAAGCUCCAAUUUCAAUAGAUCCAAAGUCACUUGUUCUCACUGUGGAAUCCCUAGUCAUACCAUAUCAAAAUGUUAUAAGAUUCAUGGAUAUCCACGAGGACAUAAAUACUAUACAAGGUUUCCAGCUCAAGAUCCUGGUGUAUCACAAACUGGGAAAGCUGCUGCAAAUUUCUCAGGAUCUUAA